GUCGAGGCGGUAAAAAAUGAAUAUUUAAGGAGUAAAAAUUAAAUAUUUUCAGCUUUUUAACGUCUUUUAUAUGGAAGAAGCUCAUUUCAUUUGCAUUUGGCGUCAUUUGCGUUAAUUCAGAGUUAGUUUCAUUUAAUUUCGGCCGCGUAGGAACGUUGAGAAGCAUUUGAUCGGCGUGUAUUCCCAGGCAUUCAUUCAAGGUCGUUGGGGGGGGGUCUGAAAAGAAAGAACAAGGCUUCGGAUUCCAUCGCGCUGAUCGCCCGGAUUCAGAAAAUGGAAUUUUCUGUAUACCCUUUUUUUCGUUGUGUACAAUGGUGAUUUCUGGUCACAGGACAGUGGUUUUUGUUUAAGCUUCUGGUUUGGUUUUGUUGAUCAAGGGUUCGAUUCACGGCUAGUGUUUUCAGGUUGUACAACUUGUGCUUUGAGAGGAUUUAGAUUUUUGGUUGACAAGAAAUCAUGUGCGGAGGUCCUGAGCAUUUGAAGCCUGCUAGUCCUCACACGAAAGGAAAAGAAAGUAAUACUAACAUGGCUGACAGUCAUUCAAACAAAGUGAAAGAAAUUUCUGAAUCUUGCUCAAACCUUCAUGAGCUGGCUGCAAAUAAUGAUCUAAUUGGGUUUAAGAAGGCAAUGGAGGAAGAUGGGUCAAAAGUGGAUGAAGUUAACUUUUGGUAUUGCAGGCAGAAUGGUUCUAAUCAAAUGGUUCUGGAACAGAGGACUCCUUUGAUGGUUGCUUCACUUUAUGGCAGCAUAGACGUUCUGAAUUAUAUCCUAUCAAUUUAUGUAACCUGUGGUGCAGAUGUAAACCAAGCUUGUGGCUCUGAUAAGAGCACUGCAUUGCAUUGUGCAGCUGCGGGAGGGUCUAUUUAUGCUGUUGAAGCUGUAAAAUUGUUAAUUCAGUCCGGUGGUGAUAUAAAUUGUGUAGAUGCUUAUGGGAGAAGACCUGCAGGUGUGGUAAUGGUUUCCCCGAGGCUAAGUCAAGUCAAGGCUAACCUAGAAGAAAUGCUUAACUCAGCUGGUAUGUAUUCAAGUUCUCCAAUGUUAGUGCCAAACAGGUUGGUUGGGCCACAUGGAGGAGAUUCCAAUGGUACAGAACCACUAUCCCAAUCGAAUUUGAUGUCCAUUUCGGCACAUACAGGAACAUCUAGUCCUUCAUCAGGAUCCCCACAGUCAGCAACAUCUUCACCAAAGUUUAUGGAGGCAACGAAGAUGUUUGCUGAUGGCAAUGAGAAAAAAGAAUACCCAGUGGAUCCAUCACUUCCAGACAUCAAGAACAGUAUCUACACUACGGAUGAGUUCCGAAUGUUUUCCUUCAAGGUGCGACCCUGUUCGCGAGCUUAUUCUCAUGACUGGACUGAAUGUCCUUUUGUGCAUCCUGGUGAAAAUGCUAGAAGGCGUGACCCAAGAAGGUACCACUACAGCUGUGUUCCUUGCCCAGAUUUUAGAAAGGGGGCUUGCAGGCGUGGGGAUAUGUGUGAAUAUGCACAUGGUGUUUUUGAGUGCUGGUUGCAUCCUGCCCAAUAUCGUACAAGGCUGUGCAAGGAUGGGACAAGUUGUGCACGGAGAGUAUGUUUCUUUGCCCACACAUCUGAGGAACUUCGCCCCCUCUUUGUUUCUACUGGGUCAGCAGUUCCAUCCCCAAGGGCAUCAUCGGCUUUAGACAUGUCCUCAGUCAUGAGUCCUCUUGCACCUGGUUCUCCAUCUUCAGUUUCAAUAUCUCCAUUUUCUUUGACAAAUACUCAGCAAGGUAAUGUUCUCACUCCUCCAAUGUCCCCAUCUGCAUCCUCUGUAAAUGGGCUUGGUCAUUCAUCAUUGUGUGCAGGGUGGCCACAGCCUAAUGUUCCAACAUUAAAUCUUCCUGUUAGCAAUUUUCAAGCUAGUCGCCUUAGAGCAGAGCUUAAUGCCAGGGACAUGCCUGUAGAAGAUUCUUCUCGGAUUGCAGAUUUUGAAGGGCAGCUCCUUAGUGAGUUCUCGCCUCUCUCUACCCAAGCCAGGAUGAAUGCCGCAGCGGCUGUAAUGUCUGGUAAUGGAAAUACCACAACCAGGAAUGGAAAAUACAAGAGUCAUGGUAUCAGUGUUGCUCCUACAAAUCUUGAUGAUUUGUUUGCUUCUGAAAUCACCUCACCUAGAUUAGCAGUCCUUGAACCUUCCAUUUUUUCUCAGAUGAGUCCCCAAAUGCAAGCCCAUAAAACAGCUCAUGUUUAUAGCCAACUUCAAAAUCAAAUGUUGCCCCCCAUCAAUACACAGGCAUUUUCUCAGGGUACGACACAGAUGCAGCAGGCUGUGAUAGAGCCUCACAGCCCUGGUCAUUCCUUGAUGCAAUCCCCUUUUCAGUCAUCCUCCUAUGCAUUGCCAUCCCCUGGGCGAAUGUCACCACGUUGUCUUGAUGUGGAGCGUCACGGUACCAAUGGGUCAUCCUUGACACCAGCUUUGGCUGCAUCCUUUAAUUCAAGAGCUGCAGCUUUUAUCCAGAGGGAAAAAAGAAGCCUCAGCUCUCGUGAACUUGGAGCCCAUCUGCCUCCAGGUGGAUUGUCUGAUUGGGGUUCUCCCACAGGUAAGGUUGAUUGGGGAUUUCAAGGAGAGGAUUUGAACAAAUUUAGAAAAUCAGCUUCAUUUGGUCCACGUAGUUACGAGGAACCGGAUUUGUCUUGGGUGCAAACCCUGGUAAAGGAAAAUACACCUGAAGGUAAAGAUCGGCCUGCUGAAAAUGGUUCUGGAGAAAUUCCUAUUAAGGGGCCAUUAGAAAAUGUAGACCAUUCAGUUCUGGGAGCCUGGCUCGAACAGAUGCAGCUUGACCAAAUUGUAGCUUGAAGGAAGAUUGUUUACUGGGAGAAUUAGUAAGGCGAGGGAAGUGGGGAUGGGAUCAAAUUGAAAUUCAAUAUUUCAUUUUUUCUUUUAUCUUUUUAGAAAAUUCGUCAUUUCAGUUUAGGAAUAGUAUGGUGUUCUAUCUUUUCUCAGUCUUAGACCUGUAGGACAAUCAGGAAAGAUAGCUUUGAAAACAUACUGGUUGGGAGUCUCAGUUGCAGGUUGACAGAAGAGCUCUUUCAAUAGAUCAGGCAACACUUUUUGUCAAAUAGGUCAACAGAAAGUUUUAUAAGGGUUGACAAAUUUAUAUGGUUUAUUUUGGGAGGAUCUGAACCUAAUGCACAAGUUGUUUGGAAGAAAUCCAAAAUUUGGAAUCUUCAUGGUUUUUUAAUACAUCAAGUGAAAUCCAUAUCAGAGCAGAGGAAAAUUUGUAAAAGCUAAUUGAAAAGUAUAUAAUGUGGGGGCUGCCUAUGUCUAUUUUUCUGCGGCUAUGCUGUCAACUACAGUUUGCUGGUGGCAAUUUUGAGGUGGCGUUUUUGCAUUUUCUGAGUGUGACGUGGGUUAGUCUUGCACAGCUGUUGCAGAAGCUAAACCGCUUGCAGGAUCUGUUAUGGUGCACCGAUAUUUCGCAGAUCUAUUUUUAGGUUUUUGCCAGAUUGAUGGCAUGUACAUUUUUUGAAUUCUAAGCGGAUGGCAAUCCAUUGUUUGCCAGGUAGCAACAUUUUAUUUAUUCCAUGAAAGGGAUUUUGAGAUAA